ACCACGUCGUGUGCACAUUGUGGAAGGAGAGUGUGGAGAUGUCUGCACUGUCUGGGGUUGUUAGUAAAUUUAGGUUCAUUGUACAAAAAUCCGAAUAUGUUACACACACGUUUAAUUUCAGAAUACAGACUUGUGGUUAUGCUACAAAGAAAGCUGCUGCCAAGGGGAAAUCCAAAGGUAUGACGAAGGAAACCCUGAAAGGUCCCGAGGUUUGUAAGGACCCUGUGCAUCUGACCAGCCACGCGGUCGGGGUGAACAUCUUCAAGCAGGGUCUGGAUCCUCCACUGCGGCCACCCGAGGAGUACCCACCAUGGCUGUUUCAGUUAAAUCUGGGUCCCGUAAAGAAGCUGUCUGAGCUCGACCCAGACAGCCAUGGCUACUUGAAGAGAGUGAGGAAGGAGCACAUAUGGCGAGACAACAAAUUGCGAAAAGGCAAAAAGUUUUAGCGGACUGUUUUGGGGAAACCAGCAUUCUGUGGCCGUCGGUGGAUGGAGACAUUGAGAACUGGGACUCUCCCACUACUCUGACUGGAGUUUCAGCCGUCAUCUGUUAUGACUCGAAGUUUGAACUGAGACUUGAAUUUGUAAUAAAGUGAUCUGUUUGAGGGUGA